UGCUGAAACCAACAAUUUCAAUCAGAAAGUUGUCUCCACAUCCCAAAAUUCGUACUGCUUAAACGGGUGCAAGCGGUGCAGAUUAACUCAAUGACAUCAUCCUUCUUUUUUAGUUGUUCUUGAUAUCGCUCUCUGAUCGAGAAUUCGCUAUCUCAUCCCCCUCACAGAGCUUUUGCAACUCAUCCCUCAGAGUGUUUUUGCAGCCAGCGACAGGGAGAGAGAGAGAGAGAGAGAGAGAGAGAGAGAGAGAGAGGAAAUGUCUAGUGAGCGCGAAGACGACGCUAACAUAGGCCUGAAUCGGGGCCGUUCAAUCGGUGGCGCACGAUACACAUCCCUGCCAUCGUCACCACCUGCAGGGGCUCCUGAGCUUCUGGUCUCGUCACCACAACCGCCCCCAUUUUCAAUGCGGUCACGGCACGCAUCGACGAAACCGAACCCCGUGCUUCUCUCCUUUUUACUCCGAGUCGUAGUCAUGGCGAUUGUUAUCUCACUUUUCUUCCUUUUUGUUGGCAUUGCCACCAUCUUCCUCAUCCAUUUAUGCGUUGUAGGUGGAGCGUUCCACCGCAGGAGGAGGCGUCAGGCGUAUUCCCGCGAUUCAGGCGAAGGUGAGGUGGAAUUUGGUGUUGGGUUGUCUCCGGAGGAUCUACAGAAGCUUCCCUGUUGCAAUUAUGGAGGGGUUGUGGCUUUGGCAUCUGGGUCGGCAUCUGGGUCGAAUAGAGAUUGUGCCGUCUGCUUGGAGAGGCUCCGGGAAGAGGAGCAGUUUCGGGUUCUUCCGGGCUGUAAGCAUGCCUUCCAUGUGAACUGUGUCGAUGCUUGGCUGGUAAAAGUGCCUUCUUGUCCAAUUUGUCGUUCUGGGAUUGAACUGAGGUCGAGUCUCGGUUCAGGGGAUUUCAGGGUUUGAGGUGAGUCUACAGUCCAAUCUGUGAAGAAAUGAUAAACCCUAACUAAGGGUUGACAAAAAUCUGUAAGUUUUUUCCCCAUUUGGGGGUUUUUCCUCAUGUACCUUUUGCUUUUGAGGAAAUAUGAUUUGGAUUCACUUCAUCAUUUUGUGUUUCACUUUUUUUCCUGGGUGUUCUGGAUCAGUAUGAAACGUUGGUGAUAAGAUAGAACUGUAGAUUGAUUGUAUGAAACACUCGUGAUAAGAUAGAACUGUGGAUUAAUUGUCA